AAAGUAAUUUCCAUCCUUUUUUUUAAAAAUCUCAAAAAAUUAGUAAUCAGCGCCAUCUAUAUUUCUUUAUGUUGACCAUAUUUUGGUAGAAAAUGGUAGAAAGCUAUCACACCAUGGUAACAUUUAAAAAGUCAGAAAUCAAUAUGUCAAACUGACAUAAAUUCGUUUUUUUAUGUGUUUUUUUUGGAAACAAAGCAUCAAAAUGGUUUUUACUUGGAAAUUAUGAUUAAAAAUUGAAAUUUUGUAUGAAAAAGAGCUGAAAAAUGGAGGAGACGCAAGCGUGCAGGGUUUGCCUUGCCACAGACGUGAGAUUGUAUAACGUGCACAAGUAUGGCUUAUCCGAAAACUUACGAUCUAUCACCGGCUUUCUUAUCCAGCAAGCAGACGGUCUGCCACAAGGUGUGUGCAGCUACUGCGCGGUGUCGCUGCAGAAAUGUGUUGCCUUCCGCACCCGUUACCAUGCCUCGCAGUGCAUGCUUAAUUCUAUACUGGAGCGGGGACUGAUCUUAUCACACCACAUAGGCACAAUAGAUAGACAAGCGAAAAACCUCACAAACCCGCUAACAAUACACACAGACCACCAUAUAAUAGACAUCCAACACACAGAGAAUGAAAUCAAAGAAGAAGUCCCUUUCAAAGAUGAAGAAAACAGCAUAGACAACUUUGAACUCAAACUAGACAACAGCGUUUUCAAGGCAGAGGAUGACUACCCAUUUUUAGAUAGUCCUGGAAAUUCUGCCGACAAUGAACCGUUGGCUUUCAGAGUCAAACGAGAGAAGAAAGUUAAGAAGUCAGUGAAGAAAAAAAAGAAGGUUACGCUGGACGUAAAAGAUAUUCAAAGGCAGACAGAAGAUGCGAAUAUAGAGCUGGUUUUGCUGUCUAAACAGGAACAGAUUGAUGAGAUCCAAGCGAGGAAAGAGUCUACGAAUUAUGCGAGUGCUCUGUUUAAAUGUGAUAAGUGCUUUAAGGGAUUUCUGCAAGAGACUACGUUUAAGAAUCAUAUGGCCAUGCACGAUCCGUCGAUAGGCCCCUUCAAGUGCGACAUAUGCUCCGUGUACUGCGCGAGCGAGCGCCGCGUGCGCGCGCAUAAGAAAGUUGCACACGAGAGGAGGUACAUCUGCCGGCUGUGCAAGAAUGUGGCUACUACCAGCGAGCGCCGCGUGCGCGCGCACAAGAAGGUCGCACACGAGCGCAGGUACAUCUGCAGGCUGUGCAAGAAUGUCGCCACUACCAGUAAAGUCGGUCUAGUCGAGUGCGACAUAUGCUCCGUGUACUGCGCGAGCGAGCGCCGCGUGCGCGCGCACAAGAAGGUCGCACACGAGCGCAGGUACAUCUGCAGGCUGUGCAAGAACGUGGCUACUACCAGGGCGUCUAGUAGAGUCGGUCUAGUCAAGUGCGACAUAUGCUCCGUGUACUGCGCGAGCGAGCGCCGCGUGCGCGCGCACAAGAAGGUCGCACACGAGCGCAGGUACAUCUGCAGGCUGUGCAAGAACGCGGCUACUACCAGUCGCGGGCGUCUAGUAAAGUCGGUCCAGUCAAGUGCGACAUGCUCCGUGUACUGCGCGAGCGAGCGCCGCGUGCGCGCGCACAAGAAGGUCGCACACGAGCGCAGGUACAUCUGCAGGCUGUGCAAGAAUGUGGCUACUACCAGUCACUACGCGCGCGAACAUCAACGCUGGCACAACGGAGUCACUUACGACUGCAAGAAAUGUGACAUGUCUUUUAGAAAGUCCACAUCCUACCUCACCCACCUCCGGCUCCAACACCCCAGUGAGUACGUGUGCGACAUCUGCGGCGCUUCCUUCAUAGGGAAGAACGGACUGAACACGCACAAGCUGAAGACUCAUAAACACGACCAGGAGUUAGAUCGCGAGUUGUUCUGUGAAGACUGCGAGCUCAAGUUCAGAAACAACGAGGCUUUACAGAGACACAGAGACACGUCAUCACAUCACACCAAGACUGACGAGUUCUUUAAGUCGUGCCUGGCCUGUGGCUCUAGCUUCGACUCGGAGCGCGCGCUGUGGGAGCACAACAAGACGCACAAGACGCAGAUAGAGAAGGUCAAGUGUAAGGAGCUGUGUAAGUCGUGUCUGGCCUGCGGCUCUAGCUUCGACUCGGAGCGCGCGCUGUGGGAGCACAACAAGACGCAUAAGACAAGGAUAGAGAAGGUCAAGUGUAAGGAGCUGUGUAAGUCGCGCCUGGCCUGUGGCUCUAGCUUCGACUCGGAGCGCGCGCUGUGGGAGCACAACAAGACGCACAAGACGCAGAUUGAGAAGGUCAAGUGUAAGGAGUGCGGAUUAGUCUGUGUGUUCACCAACUACUCGGCGCACUACCGCAAGUUCCAUCUCGGGGCGACAGAGGGCGCGCGGCGGCAGGCGGCCAAGAACUACGUGUGUGAAGUGUGCGGGAAGAAGUGUUCUUCCAACUCCACACUAUCGUACCACCAGCGCUCCCACACAGGAGAGAAGCCGUUCAGCUGCCCGCUCUGCCCCAAGCGGUUCAAGGUGCACCAGCUCAUGAAGAUCCACUACCGCACGCACACCGGCGAGUGUCCCUACAUGUGCUCGAUGUGCCCGAAAGCCUUCAAGCAUAAGGCCGCGCUCAACCGACACGUUAGGGUGCAUACGGGCGACAAGCCGUACACCUGUCCCUACUGCGGCAAGUCGUUCUCGCAGUCCAACUCACUCAAGACUCACGUGAACACGGUCCACUUGAAGCUACCCGCGCCUUACAAGCGGAGGACUAAGAUGGUGGACUAAGUUAUUGUAAUAAUGGUAUAAUAGGAGGGUGUUGGACGCAGCUCACAAACCGCCAUGUGAGUGUAGUUUAACUAUCCUCAUACCAAAAAAAUAAAGGUGCCCGAACAGGUAUGGUAAGUCGAAAGGAGUUUAGUGUGUUUUUUUCUGUAAGUAGGUACUUUUGUACCUACAUCUACACUAGAAUGAUAGAGUAAUAUGUUUAUUCGUGAAAAGUGAGAAAUCG